AAGUGCUCCGGUUUUUGCAGCGAACGGUCGUAUUUGGUCGCGCAUCGUACUCAGGAAUUCGCUGGUUCGCGUAUUAAAAAAAGUCGCCUUCUAGUUUUUCCUACGCACCCACGCAGUGACAGCGACAGCAUCUGAGCAGAGCAGCGCGCUGAGUGUUAGUUAGAAGCAGUGAAAGAAAGAAAAUUGCUCAGUUAGCAGCAGAGAGUCGAAGGCAAAAUGUCGAAGCCACAAUCGGACGCGGAUCGCAGGAAGCAGAUUUCGGUGCGCGGCAUCGCUGAGGUUGGCAACGUAACCGAGGUGAAGAAGAACUUCAAUCGCCAUUUGCACUACACCCUCGUCAAGGAUCGCAAUGUGUCCACGCUGCGCGAUUAUUACUUUGCGCUGGCCAACACCGUCAAGGACAACAUGGUCGGACGCUGGAUACGCACACAGCAGCAUUACUAUGAAAAGGACCCCAAGCGCGUCUACUAUUUGUCGCUGGAGUACUACAUGGGCAGAUCGCUAACGAACACCAUGAUCAACUUGGGCAUCCAGAGCGAGUGCGAGGAGGCAAUGUACCAGCUGGGUCUGGACAUUGAGAAUCUCGAGGAGAUGGAGGAGGAUGCCGGUUUGGGCAAUGGCGGUCUCGGUCGCUUGGCCGCCUGUUUCCUCGACUCGAUGGCAACAUUGGGUCUGGCUGCCUAUGGCUAUGGCAUCCGUUAUGAGUACGGCAUCUUUGCCCAGAAGAUCAAGAACGGCGAACAGGUGGAGGAGCCCGAUGAUUGGCUGCGCUAUGGCAAUCCCUGGGAGAAGGCACGUCCCGAAUUCAUGCUGCCCGUUCAUUUCUAUGGCCGCGUGAUCGAUACGCCCGAGGGCAAGAAGUGGGUCGAUACCCAGCGUGUCUAUGCCAUGCCCUAUGACAAUCCCAUUCCCGGCUACGCCAACAACCAUGUGAACACCCUGCGUCUCUGGUCCGCCAAGUCGCCCAUUGACUUCAACCUGAAGUUCUUCAACGAUGGUGACUACAUUCAGGCCGUGCUGGAUCGUAAUCUGGCCGAGAACAUCUCUCGCGUAUUGUAUCCCAACGACAAUUUCUUUGAGGGCAAGGAGUUGCGUCUGAAGCAGGAGUACUUCAUGUGUGCCGCCACCCUGCAGGACAUCAUUCGUCGCUACAAGGCGUCCAAGUUUGGAUCGCGCGAAGCGGUUCGCAACACCUUCGAACACUUCCCCGAGAAGGUGGCCAUCCAGCUGAACGAUACGCAUCCGUCACUGGCCAUACCCGAACUGAUGCGCAUCCUCAUCGAUGAGGAGCAUUUGGAUUGGGUCAAGGCAUGGGAUAUUGUUGUUCGCUCUUGUGCCUACACCAAUCAUACGGUGCUACCCGAGGCUCUAGAACGUUGGCCCGUGUCCAUGUUGGAGUCGAUAUUGCCUCGUCACUUGCAGAUCAUCUAUCACAUCAAUUUCCUGCAUAUGGAGAAUGUGAAGAAGAAGUUCCCCGAGGAUCUAGAUCGCAUGCGUCGCAUGUCUCUGGUCGAGGAGGAUGGUGAGAAGCGCAUCAAUAUGGCUCAUCUGUCGAUUGUUGGCUCGCAUGCCGUCAACGGUGUUGCCGCCAUUCAUUCGCAGAUCCUGAAGGAUUCGCUGUUCCAUGACUUCUACGAAAUGGAUCCCAAGAAGUUCCAGAACAAGACGAACGGCAUCACGCCACGUCGCUGGCUGCUACUCUGCAACCCCGGUUUAUCCGAUCUGAUUGCCGAGAAGAUCGGCGAUGAGUGGCCCGUGCAUUUGGAUCAGCUGGUCGCAUUGAAGAAGUGGGCCAAGGAUCCCAACUUCCAGCGCAACGUGGCACGCGUCAAGCAGGAGAACAAACUCAAAUUGGCUGCCAUUCUGGAGAAGGACUACGGCGUCAAGGUCAAUCCGGCUUCAAUGUUCGACAUCCAGGUGAAACGCAUCCAUGAGUACAAGCGUCAGCUGCUCAACUGCCUGCACAUCAUCACCUUGUACAAUCGCAUCAAGAAGGAUCCCACAGCCAAUUUCACGCCACGCACAAUCAUGAUCGGUGGCAAGGCUGCGCCCGGCUACUAUGUGGCCAAGCAGAUCAUCAAAUUGAUCUGUGCCGUUGGCAAUGUGGUCAACAAUGAUCCCAUUGUUGGUGACAAACUGAAGGUCAUCUUCCUGGAGAACUAUCGCGUCACGCUGGCUGAGAAGAUUAUGCCCGCUGCGGAUCUGUCCGAACAGAUCUCCACCGCUGGCACUGAAGCCUCCGGCACUGGCAACAUGAAGUUCCAGCUUAAUGGUGCCUUAACCAUUGGUACCCUCGAUGGCGCCAAUGUGGAAAUGGCCGAGGAAAUGGGUCUGGAUAACAUCUUCAUUUUCGGCAUGACCGUCGAUGAGGUGGAGGCGCUCAAGAAGAAGGGCUACAAUGCCUACGAUCAUUAUAAUGCCAAUCCCGAAGUGAAGCAGGUCAUCGAUCAGAUCCAGGGUGGCUUCUUCAGCCCUGGCAAUCCCAACGAGUUCAAGAACAUCUCGGAUAUCCUUCUCAAGUACGAUCAUUACUACUUGCUGGCCGACUACGAUGCGUACAUCAAGGCCCAGGAUCUGGUCUCCAAGACCUAUCAGAACCAAGCCAAAUGGUUGGAGAUGUCCAUCAACAAUAUUGCCACCAGUGGCAAAUUCUCAUCGGAUCGCACCAUUGCUGAAUAUGCUCGUGAAAUUUGGGGCGUUGAACCCACCUGGGAGAAGCUGCCAGCACCGGAGGAUCAGCAAUAAAUCAAUUAAAACAUUUUUUGAUAUUAUAUUUUAUUAUUCGUGUGCUUUACUUUUGUUAAAGUCCCAUUUUAGGAGCCAAAUGCAAACAACAAACUAACAAGAAAACAAGAAAUGAAAAGGAAACAAAGUUUAAGCUAGCGCUAAGAUGUGAACAUCGAUUAGGCUCAUUGUUAAUUAUUAAAUAUCUAUCUUAUUUAAUAAAUUCUAUACAAAUCGAA